AUAGAAACAAACAUCUCUCGCCCCUCUCCCUAAUAGCUCCGACAAAUCGCAACGCUUCAUCGCCGCCGGUUCUCCGCCGCCAUGUUCAGGCACUCUUCUCGACUCCUAGUUCGCGCCACCACAAUGGGGUGGCGUCGUCCCUUCUCCACCGAUCUGCCCGCCGAGACUGCCGCGGAUUCUACUUUCGUGGAGGCGUGGAAGAAACUAAUCCCUAACGUUGACCCGCCCAAGACCCCAUCGGCGUACAUGGCCCCUCGCCCCGCCACCCCAUCCUCCAUCCCCUCCAAGCUCACCGUCAAUUUCGUCCUUCCGUAUUCAUCCGAACUCGCCGGCAAAGAGGUUGACAUGGUCAUAAUCCCUGCAACUACAGGACAGAUGGGUGUUCUACCUGGCCACGUGGCCACGAUUGCUGAGCUGAAGCCUGGUGUCAUGUCAGUUCACGAAGGUAAUGACGUGUCCAAAUACUUUGUGAGUGGCGGCUUCGCUUUCAUCCAUGCAAAUUCUUUUGCCGAUAUAAUUGCUGUUGAAGCUGUGCCACUUGACCGCGUUGAUGCAAAUCUCGUGCAAAAGGGCCUCGCUGAGUUCACACAGAAGCUAAACACCGCUUCAACUGAUGUAGAGAAAGCCGAAGCCCAGAUCGGUGUGGAUGUACACAGUGCCCUCAACGCUGCUCUUACUGGUUAAGCUAGUGGCGAUUCUUGUGUCCACCUUAAUUUUUUCUUGCCCCCAUAUUUGAAAGAUUUCCUUUUGUACUAGUCUUCAUAUGCUCGUCCCCGAUGGAUUAUCUUUUGUACAACCAUGCAGAACAUUUCAGGCAUGUUGCUUCACUUGAAUAAAUUUACAGGACUAGCUAUGAACCAUCUCAUUUGUAUUCCUGAACUGCAGUCAUGACAAAGUACAGUUUCUAAAUUGAAAUAA